CUCUUCAGAUUCUGAGGAGCUGAGAAGAAGGACGUUCGCCCAUCCUGCAAGCAGCUCGGAUAAAGAGCUCUAGUGAGUGAGAGUAUUUACGAUAACCAGCCGUCACCCCUAAUAAUCAGUGUCAGUGCUAGAUCUUUUAAUUUAUUUUCCAUUUGUUGAACAUCUGAAGUGAAUGUGUCGCCCGGUUUUUGUCUCUGCGGUCCUCCUGACCGCAUACCUCUGCGAUCAGCUUGUCCUAACAACGUGCAGCACUGUGCAGAAUUACAGACCGAUUAUUGGUGUAUUGGCUCAAGAGAAUUUAGAGGAAGACCUAUAUGCUCAAGGAUCAUCUUAUAUUGCUGCCUCAUACGUCAAAUAUAUAGAAGGAGCAGGAGGAAGAGUUGUCCCUAUCAGAAUAAACCAAACAAAUGAGGAGUAUGUGAAAAUAUUCAACUCGAUCAAUGGCUUAUUGUUGCCAGGCGGGGAUGUAGACCUGCAAAAGUCAGCGUUCAGUAAAGCAGCCAAGAUUUUCUAUGAUCUGGCAAUAAAGGCCAAUGAUGCCGCAGAUUAUUUCCCCAUAUGGGGAACGUGUCAGGGCAUGCAGCAGCUCACUGUUCUGACCAGCAACAAGAACCUUCUGACCCUGACCAACACCAAAGCUGUGGCUCUUCCCCUGACAUUCACCCAAGGAGCUCAAAACAGCAGGUUGUUCAAGAAUUUUCCGAAGGACUUGCUGCACUCUCUUGAAGUGGAGAACAUCACCUCCAACUACCAUAGCUGGAGUCUGUCUCUACAGAACUACUCUCGAAAUGCCAGGCUGAAGAGGUUUUACAAAGUCCUGACCACCAAUUCUGAUGGAAGGAAGGAGUUCAUUUCAACCAUGGAGGCAUAUCGCUACCCAUUCUACGCCGUGCAGUGGCAUCCAGAGAAGAGCCCGUUUGAGUGGAUAGACAAACCUGGCAUGAUCCACACUGACUCUGCCAUCCGGGCAUCCUUCUACACCUCCCUCUUCUUCAUCUCUGAAGCCAUGAAAAGCCAGCAUCGUUUCCUUUCGCCCAGCGAGGAGGAGAAAGCGCUGGUCUAUAACUACUGUCCUGUCUACUGCGGACUGGACAGCAUAUUCAUCCAGAACUACUACUUUGACUGAAAAACACACACACACACACACACACACACACACACCUUACCCAAACACCUGCAUCAAAAGCUUAUGGUACUGUGGCUAUGCUUUUGGUGAUGUUAAACUCAUCGACGAUUUGUGCUCUUCAGGGUUUUCGCUGCAUUUUACAGCAUUUUAUUCAGUCAGGCCAGAGAUAAAUGUUUUUAAUAGUGUUUUGUUCACUCUAGAGUUAGAGGUAUAUUUUAGUGGAAUGUUCUGGUAUGUGGAAAUGUACGUGAUAUGUGUAACUUGUGGUGUUUGUUAAUUAUAUUAUUGAACAGUGUUUUAUGUAUGUGAUGACAGCAUAGUCAGGAACAGGUAUCAGGGUCAAUGAAGUAUCAGGAUAUGCUUCCACUGUUUCAUUACAGCGAAAUAUCCAUCCACACAUGACAGCAAUACUUGUAAACAGUGGCACCAAAAACCCAUAGGUUGCGACUUUGUGUAAAUGGAUUAAAAACUAUUUUAUUCA